UGCCACACCAUAGCCCCUGGUGCAUGCUGGGUAAUCCUCGGGAAAAGAGCAGGAUACACUCUCACACACACACACACAUACACACAGUCUGACAGAGAGAGCUCGAGCCAGUUGUGUGUGUAUGUAAGAGCUACAGAUGCUCGCCGUGAGGAUGGACGCAUCACUCCGGACUCCUGAGGCGUGAGCUCUUGGCCGUGUGUUUCUGCUCAGGUCCCCAUGGAGCCUGACGUGAUACGCAUGUACUCCUCCUCCCCACCCCCGAUGGAGGACGGCGUCGAGGACGAGGACGAUGAAUUCAGUGACUUCACCGGCGUCCCGAACAGCACCAGCUUCUCGGAGUUCGAAACGCCCACCUUGUUCAACCAGAACCGGGCUUUAAACGCCACCUCGCCGCCGGAGCUACUGAGCAACGGGAGAAUCGUGGGACUGUCGUCGCAAACCGCAAAGGCUAAUGGCGUAGCGCCUAGCCAGACUGGCACGCCCAAUGGCAGAACGGUUAGUGUGGAGGAACUUAAAAAGUUGACUGAGCAUCAAGCUCACAUCACGUCCCUGGAGUUUGCAACCGGAUCUCGGACUGAUAGCGUUGACUGCAACGGCACCGCUGAAGUGCUAACAAACGGAUUUGCAACGUUAAAUCAAGGAGAAAGCCCACCUACGCCACGCAAAAACAAUGAAAGUCCAGAUGAUUUUGCAGAUUUCGCUGCUUUUUCAAAUGCCGAACACAACCAGCCUUCAAACACAGACUGGGAACAUUCAAAUCAACCGGCGCAGAAUGACAUUAGCGACGGUGUUGUUGAAGCGCGAGGAGCUAGUAAAGCAGACGACAGCAGGGAUUCGAGAAACACAGGGUUUGGAGUCCCUUUGGAAAACUCGGAAGGUCUCAGCAACGGGAGCUUGAGUUUCCAUGAAGGGUCGGAUUUAGAUCGAAAGGAUCUAGAAGUUGAUGCUACUGAAGCUGUUAGCACAGCGCAACCGCUAGCCGUUAACGGUGUAGCCGAUGAUGGCUGCGUUUCGCCCGACUCUGAGGAAAGAUGUAGUGCUGAACAAUCAGAUGAGAAAGGCUCAGAGAACGAAGAAACGGAGACGGAAACAGAGACUUCCUUCGGUCGGCCGCUAUCGACAGACGCGCUCGAGGAAUUCGGCGACUUUAGCACGACGGGAUCCGUACCUUCGCCUCCGCUUCAGGAGGACACUGCCACUCCGGCUGAUCACAGCCAACUCGCCGAGGACGACGACGAUGAGGAUUUCGGAGAUUUCGGGGACUUUGGCGACGCUAGCUCAUUUAGCGCGACUGGAUUUGCUGAUUUCGACCAGCAGGGGGCCACAACGCUAGUCGCUCAGGCUGAAACGGACCCCACAAUGGAUGGUGAAGAAGAUGAAUUUGGCGAUUUUGACACAUCAAAAGAACCUUGUAAAACGGAUUUGGCUGGCGAGGAAGCAACUGCGUUUCCUGGAAGUGACAGUUUUGCGGAUUUCAGCUCCGCGACAGUGGAAAAUGCCGCUGAUAUAGGAGGAUGGCAGGCUUUCUCUGAGCCGGAUCAGAGCCAGAAUGAAGAGGAAUCGUGGGCAUCAUUCGGGCAGGAACAGGAUUCAGUGUGUUCUGAAAAAACUGGAGACGAAUGGCAAGGGAGUCAGACGCUUACGGCGCCCCCUAGUGUUGCGGAGGAGCGCAAAAGUUGUACAACGACUGCGCUGUUCAGCCGCUUGGAGAAGAUUUUCCAGGCCAGUUUCGAGCUGGUUGUCGCUCCUCGGGUGGAGGAGGACGUGUCCACGCUAAACAGCUUCCUCAAACCCCCUGACGUGUCAGCACAGGAGCACAGCGACGGAGGACAGGCCAGCGGGGCGUUGCGGGACGUGUGGCAGCAGCUUCAGGACGUUAACAAUGCUUAUGGUCUCCGGUACCAGUGGGGCGGCUCUCACACCAAUAAAGCCCUGCUCUGCUCUCUCGGCAUCGACACCAGAAAUAUUCUCUUCACGGGCCAUAAAAAGCAGCCUGUGAUUGUGCCAAUGUACGCUGCCAGUCUGGGGAUGCUGGAGCCCACGAAAGAGCCGGUGAAGCCUGUCUCCGCCGCUGAGAUGAUCGCCUCGAUAGCACAAUCUCCCUCCGUCGUCUCAGAGCUGAAUACCUGUCCUCCAGACGCCGCGCAGGAGUCUCUUCCUCCCGUUCAGUUUGACUGGAGCAGCAGUGGCCUUACAAACCCUCUGGACGCGAGUGGAGGCUCGUCUCUGCUCAACCUCGAUUUUUUCGGCCCCGUGGACGAGUCGCCCUCCGGCCCGGCCACCUCCAUACCAGGCGUGGACCCGGAGCUGUACGAGUUGACCCAAGCCAAGCUGGACGUCAGCGGGGGCGGCAGGAGAGUCGUGGAUGCGUUCGCUCGCCUCAUGUCCACCGUCGAGAAGAACAGCACCUCCACCAGCAGAAAGCCUGUGCAGAAGGAGGAGAAUCUGAGCGCUGAGGCUCGGCGUGUGAUCGCAGGCCUGCCGGAUCUGUCGUUCAUGCAGGCGAAAGUCCUCAUGUUCCCCUCCACGCUGACUCCUCUCCCACCCGACUGAUGAUGCGUUCUUCUCUCCGCCUCUCUUUCUCUGUGUAUCGCUCUCCAGUUACACCACACCGACAGUCACAUGAUUUUAAUUUCAUCCUUUUGACUCCUAUCUCUUUUGUGUCAUUUCCCCCCCGGGCCUUUUUAAGUUUAAACACAUCAUGUUGCGUUAAGAGAGAGUGUGUGAGAUAAUCGGCUAAUCACUGAUCGCUUUAGAGAAAAGACUAGAUUAAUUUAUUUGUAGAAUGACAGUAGGAAGAGAUCUGUAUAUAAUGAGGGAUGAGAGUUUCCUCUUGAUUAUCCUUAAUGUGUGUGUGUGUGUGAGAGAGAGGCACUUGUUUUUGGUUUGUUUUAAUGAAACACUGGUUUAAAAGUCCUUCAGUGGCACAAGAUUUGUACUUAGAUAUAUAAAUGCGUAGUUAUAUAGACUUGAAAUCAAACCGUCUGCAAAAUUUCCUUUUGAUUUCGCGCAACAAAGAACUUUUUUUAAUCGUUUGACUACUACAUUACAAUCAAUAUUGGUAUUACUUGUAGGUUUUAGUUUUUUGAUUUCGCACACGCAUUAGUGAACACAAAAUAAGUUUUUUUUUCUUUCUUUAAUUAAUUUGCUUUUCUCACUGACACACUGAAGACUAUAGGAACGACGGCUUUUCUUCGAUGUUUUGCUGCUCGUACUCGGUUCUUAUUUUGUUGUUUGUUACUUUUUAAUGUAAGUUGAAACCACUGGCUUUGGACUGUAAUGUAGUGAAGGAAUCGUUGAAUGAAUGAUUAUCUUGAAUAUAUAUAUAUAUAGAUAUAUAUAGCUGUAUUGAGAAUAAGGGACCAAUAUCUGCUGUAACGUUUUGCUAAUUUUCCUGUUAUCAUGCUGUAUCUGUUUUUUAUUUAAACUCUUUUGGAGGACGUCUGCCGUCACAGUGGUCCUGUACGCCAGGAGUGCAUGAUGGGAAAUGUUCACCAGAAAUCAUCUGUAAAGAGUUUCCCAUCUUUUGUCUUUUUUUUUUUCUCCCAGUUCGUUGUGUGUGUGUGUCAUUGUUUAUUCUGUCUCCUGGAGGAUUUUGCACAUUGUAAAGACAUACGGAAGAACUGCUUACAUAGUUAACUGUGGCUUCGGACUGUGUACAGUCAAACUAUGGAUCAUGUAAAAAUUGUUAUGGGAAAAUUCCUAUGGAAAACUCAUACAGAUGAAUGAUAUCUCUAAAGAGCCUGUACCGAGGUCAAUCGCGCAUGCCUGGGUUCUUUGAAAAAACAAACAAACUAGUGUGUAAAUUUUCUUUAAGUGUACACAAGAAAUUAAAAUAAUUUAAGAGAAAA